ACAGCAGUACAUGUAAAAGUUUGCGAGGGUCUAGGGAUCGAGCCCGGAACCUCUGGUUUACUAUUAUAAGGCUUUAACGAACAAUUUAAAUGCGGAUUCUCUCUAUCCGAGUCAGUAAGAAGUGGCAAGUAUUUCACAAGUGUUGCAUACAGGUUCUAUUGCAGAAGAACUUGGCUGUUUAUGUGACUAGAGCUGUGACGGACGUACCGUUCUAUCAACAGUCCAUAUCCAACCUGAAUCAUGAUAGAGGUGGUGGAAACGGAAGACGACAGGAACCGAAAGGCCCAGCUCCUGGCUGCUAUACGAGAUAAACACAAGAAGAAGGCUUUGAGGUUACUGGAUGAAGGGGCUGGUGUGGAUUACCGGGAUGAGACGGGGUCCUAUCCUUUACACUACGCGGCCAGUGAAGGGUAUGAUGACGUCAUUGAAGUGCUGCUGGAGAAAGGCGCGAAAGUAACGGAUUGGAACAACAACGGACAGACGGCCGUUCAUCAGGCUGCCAUGCACGGACAUGCACGAUCCAUAGUGACCCUGGUCGCCGGAGGCGCCGUCGUAGGAACGCUUGACAACAAGGGCUACCUCGCUCUGGAGUAUGCCAUCAAAAACAAGCACGUGACCGCAGUGAAACUUUUGUGUAAGUUCGGAUCAGAACCUUUACUACUGGACUGGUCCUGGAUUGCUGUACCUAACAUAAAAAAGAAGAAGGACUUAUUUGAAAUGGCUAAGACAGUACAGCACCAGAACAGACUGAUCCCCGGUUACCGACACAAGGGGAUCAUAUUUGACGUGGCAAAUGUCACUCCUGAGAAGGGGCCAAAACUACGUCUAGAGAAGACGGGUGUCGAGGUUAAAGUGGUGGAGGGUCAGGAGCCCUACUACCUGUAUCUGUGUCAGACAGAGGAAGCGUACGGCAGCCCACCACCCUUGGGACCAGAUGAAGAAGUGUUUGGUCACCUACUUGAAUGUCAGACCUGGGGACCCCGGGUCCAGACCAUCACCCUGAUAGUUACCGUUAACCGGGUUCUCCGGCAAAACGAGGAGAUCGUCCUACGACCAGCGACACCAGAGGGCAGUGUCGACAAAGUCAAGGUUCAAGAGGUCACAACAGUUACAAUAACUGUCCCUCUCCAACCCACUGGGAUCACGAAUUUCACCAUGGCAAGCAGGGAGAAGAAACAGAUUUUUAAGAUUUCCAAAGAGGCAGUCGUGCUGAAACCGGAAAGUGAACCGGAAGCGGAAAUCGACAUCCCCGCCGGUACAUUCGACUCUGGUGACCUCGUAGUCAAAUUUGUGGACACGACAAAGGCCAUGCCUGAACUUGAGCAAAAUAACCAGGAUCCGGGCGAGUCCGGAGAUGACCCAGUCCUGCUGACAAACAUCCUUGACAUCUGCACUACUGACGGCCAGCAGCCCCAAAAGGACAUUCAGAUGAUGUUGCCAGUCAAUGUUAAAAACAAAUCGAAAGACGUUGUUGUGCUGGUGACCUCGAACCCGGACCCAAACCUAGAGAAAUGGGAUUGGGAGGUCAUUCCAGCAGAAAUAAAUGGCGCUGGCAAAGCUGUGUUUACAGUUAAACACUUUUCCUCAAAUAUCGUGAUUUCAAGGCCUCGAUUUGAUGCCGAUCCUGAAGGUGUGCAGGAUUUAAGUAGAAAUGCCCAUCUGAGAAACCGCAAAGUUGAGUUCUUAGUCGCUUUGAAAAAACCGGAAGUGGACGAAACUAAAACGGAUAUGAUUAUAACAUGUGGAACAAAACGUCAAAUUAGUUCGGCGAAGAGGAAAUAUUAUGAGAGCUACAAGUGCUUCAUCGCAGGACAAAACACCGAUUUACCGAUGGUUCCCGAAGGUCAGACCUUUAAGAUUGUAAUUCGUGGCAACUUAAAAGAAGGAAGUGACGACGAGAAUAUGAAGCUAAUAUUUAAGAGCGGCGAUCAAGAAAGUUCCCGUGCCCUGGAAAUCGUCAGUACCUGUCCCGACCAACUGCAACUGUCAGGGGAGGUGGUAAUAAUCAAGAAAACUAAGACUCUUACAGUUGAGCAAGUCGAUGCGGGUUGUUUCGAUUUUUGUUGUAGUAGAUGUAGAAGAAGUACAAAAGUGGAGGUCAAGGAGCCCAACACCUUACCACAACCCAUGUGUAUAAUACCGUUCAACAUUACACUGACCAGGCGGGGGGAGUUCCAAUUAAUACC